GUGAACAACUGCACACGUGUAGUAGCUUUGUGGUGGUGUCCUAACCUGUGUCCGGCGCAUGAGCACACGGAUGUGGUGAGGUUCAGUUUGAAACAGGAAACAGCAUCUUUCGCCCUGUGCUUUUUUUUAAUCUAAGACUGGAAGUGAGUGAAACAGUGACACAGAAUAAACGCACCCUAACACGCCAUUCAAGAAGGAAGCUCCAGUGUCAGCAUUUCAAAAUCAGUAUAUUUUCCUUCAUGGUUUUAUUUUGAAGCUAUGAUUGAGGUCACAAGUCAGCAAGGUGCUGUCCUUGCCUUCAUGUCUCUCUCCACCGUGGGCUUCAUCUGUGCUCUCUGCAUGCGCUGUAGAAAGAAAUCUAUGAUUGUACAGGAGAAUAGCCAACUUUAUAUUCCACAAAUACUUCACAGAGAGGGGAGCAGGUUUGCUGUGACAAAGUCAAAAACAGUAAUGUGUGCAAACCAGAUUAGCACAAAUCCACCUGAGAGCUCAGGGAAUGUUGCACACCCAUCUUAUAGGCAGCUGGAUUCUGUCCCGGACCUAGAGGGAAGUUACCAGAACAUUGCAAAGUCAAAUCGUGGCAGUAUGGAACCCACCUAUGUAGACCCGAUAGCAACACCACCUGACGAAAGCAGUGCUCUUAAUAAUGAUAGUGAGUAUGCAAAUAUUUAUCGACCACAAGAGAUCAAACACGACUCAUCAGAAGAUUAUGAAAACACAGACUUCCUGCAUACACACAAAACAGAUGAUAACGAUGAAUCAGAUUACGUCAACAUAGAAUCGACUAACUAACAAAGUUAAUAAGUUUUCAACUGUUAGAGUAGAUUAAAUAUCCAUUGGAACAGAUUUGUAUAUUUAAUAGCACAGAAUAACUAAUAUAAUGUUUCAUGGUUUUUAUGUUGGACUUGUAUGAACUGUUGGAAAAAUUGAUUUAAUAAAGGCACAUGCCACUGAAGUGUA